GUUUGCCAUCGCAAAUACCACAAAUACAAGUACCAUUUGUUUUACCACAACAACCAAUUUUGGCACCAUUAUUUUUAUCAUCACAACUACCAUCACAAGCACAAACACACAAUUGGUCUCAAUUACUUCAACCAUAUCAACCAUUAUUUUUGAAUCCAUAUAAUUCAUAUCAAACAUUAUCGUUACAGACUCAACCUUUUCAAUCUAAUUCAUAUGUCUCUCCUAUUAUACCUACCAUGGCGGAGUUUUUAAUGGAAAUAGAUGAAAAGGAAGGAACAGAUUAUUAUUACCAGGAUUUUUUAGGAAAUUUUGAAGCACAACGAAUUUCAGUGAAACAAUUACAAAGAUUAACAGAUGAAAAACUUAAUCAAUGUGAGGUAAAUACUAUUGGAGCACAUGAAACUAUACGUGAAUAUGCUGAAAAAUAUCGAUGA